GUAACACACAAACACUUCCUCAAACCUAGCAGACCCGUGGUUGUCGUGAAACGCCGACGAGUUUUGGUUUGCAUUUUAUAAUUUGAUACAUGUCCAAAUAAACGUAGACGGUCUGUUUCACACAGAUAAGGCACUAAAAAAUCCGUGCGUGUAAUUUUAACGAGAUAAAAUCUGAUGUUCCGCCCAGGACAUGAAGCUUAAUUAGCCUCAUCAGCAACCAGUUGCUAGGCUACCAGACCCAGCCCGUGAGAAAGACUGCCAUGGCAACCAAGUACAGAACCUAUGGGUGACGUUCAGGGUCAGGAAACCUGCUGUAGGAAGUAAUCAACAUGUCGUCUGAGGAGGAGACUUCUCAGACUUCCUCUUCUUCCUCUUCUCCCCCUCUCUCCUCCUCCUCCUCACAUCCCCCUCCAUCACACUUCAUCGGGAAGAAGGAGGACAUUGUCAAGGCUGGGCGCGUGACCAAGCUGGUGAAUGGAUGCAGAGACGUACUGGUCGUGUGGCACCAGGGGCAGCUACAUGCAAUGGACAUGCGCUGCUACCAUUCAGGUGGGGCGUUACAGUAUGGAGACAUUGAGGAGUUUAAUGGGCGGCUGUGUAUCGUGUGUCCGUGGCACAAGUACAAGAUCACACUGGCAGAAGGGGAAGGGCUUUAUCAAGCUGUGGACGAUCCUACAGUCAAACCCCUGAGAACUCACUGGCGCUCCAAGGGUGUCAAACAGAGGAUUCACAAGAUCACUGAGAUCAACGGGGAUGUAUAUGUAACAUUGAACGACUCCAGCGAGGCCGUCGAGUCAGACGUCUACCAAACUGAGAGAUAUAGGACUGUCUUACUCAAGGCCCAGCCAGUACCUAAAAACAAGAAAUAGAGGUGUUUGAUUAUUUAAAGAAUACUCAAAAGGACUAUUGGAGAUGUUUUGUUUGUUUGUGUUUCACUGGGAAACCUUUGGUCGCAUUUAUAAUUGUUUUCAAAUACUGUUAACAACAGUGUGAGCUGAGUCAAUCUAGGACAAUGAAGGAAAUAUCUGAUGAAUGUAUGAAUAUAGGACAUUUCAGCAGUAGUUGCAGGAAUUGUCCAAUCCACCUGAAUCUUAUGCCUACAAAUAUACGUGAAACUUAUGCCUUCAUUUCACAAAGAAACUCAAACUACUGUAACUCUGAGCUUUUUCUACUUUGUGUUCAUACCUUCUGUUUACAUACACUGUUCAUUACUUUGCUCUUGCUCUGAUGGACACAGUUUGUUUUAGUAGGAUCAGAAACAUUGAACAUUGAACAAAUCAGCAGGUAUGAUGUAGAACUGUCUGGCAUAUAUGAAAUUAUUCUAGCUUAUUAUAACACCUGGUUUUGCAGGGUUUUUUGGGGACUUCUGCACAAUGUUGUGGUUUAUAAUUAUUAAAAUGUGUACAAAUAUACUGUUUAUUUUGGGCAAAAA